AUGAUAUCAUUAAUCAUUUACUAUUUAUCUUUGAUAAAUGCACUAUAUCCAUUAGUCAGAGGAGAUGUUAAUCAAGAAAAAGAAUGCUUAGAUAAUUAAACAUUAAUGCAAAUGAACUUCAAAUAGAUUUGUUACUAUUAAAUAUGAAUUCAUUAUAUCUGGAUUAAUUUUUGAGAAUAAAGCUUAUUAAAAAAUUGGGCAAAUUGUAUUUCAGUCAUAAUAUGUUCAGAAAUUGAAAAUUAACAUUCCUUUGGAAUGGGAAAUUCAGAUUUUAUUCGAGAUUAAUUGUUGAAUAAAUAGUGUUCAGAUUAUGAUCAAAUACAUUGUAAAACAUCGAAUGAAGCAAAUCUUAGUUUUUUACCUCAAUAAAUAAUAGGUAUUUUGAUGAUAUCGUUAAAUUCGAGAUACAUUUCAACAUUAUUUUUAAUAAUAUCACAGAAGUUUUUAAACAAUAUAAUAAAAUUAGAAAACCAUAAAGAAGACUUUCUAGGAAAUCAUAAUCAUCCAUUUAUCCAGUCAAUAGUUUAGCAAUAUAUUAAUUUAAACGACAAUAUAAUCAAGUAUUUAUUACUGUGUUUAGAACUUAUGUUCCAUUCAAUAAGUUAUAUUCAACUGAAUCUUGGCUAAAACCCAUAUGAUAUUUAAGAAGUGCAAUAAGCAUCUUUUUCAAAUUUUAAAUGA